AUGGAGAAGGAGCGGACACCAGAGUUUGUAAUUCAGUGGACUAAGUUCACAACUGGGAUUCUAUUCACAUGGCCGCCGAGUUUAAAUACAACACGACAAAUAAAGAUUACUCUGAAAAUUUGUUGGUGGAUUUCCUUGAUUGUCGCUGUAACGAACGCCAUUCCAAUGCUCACUACGGCGUACAAAUACCGGACUAAUUUCAUGAAAUUCACUGAAAGUUUAUAUGCAGCAUUGUGUUUUAUCCAAGUUGUGUCGGCGAUGAUCAUUGCGAAAUUUCAUAAUCAUCGGUUUCAGUGUUUAAUUGAAGAGGUAAAGACAUUCGUGAAUAAUGCAAACCCUCAUGAACGAGAAGUACUAAUGAAUUACGUGAAGCGAGUCACUCCUUCUUACUUUCGAUACAAUAUGUUGGGUGUCGGUACAAUUUUGGCUUAUGUGAUUGGUCUUUUUAUUUUGGAUCACCCAUUACCAAAUAUAGUUGAGUUUCCAUUCUCUGUAUACGAUCAUCCUGUUUAUUAUAUGGUUCUCAUAAUGGAAAUACUAGGAGGUGGCCAAUGCGCCUGUACAGGCGCUUUCAUUUGUCAAUUAUGUCUGCUUAUUUGGUAUGGAACAAUUCAACUGACAUUUCUCGCUGAAAAAGUUGAGGACGUCACCUGUUUGCAAGAACUCGCAGAGUGCAUCUCCAUACAUCAACACAUAUUGUGGUAUAUUAAGGAAACCAUGAUAAUCGUGCGACACAUGGUAGCUUGCAUAAUCGUACUAACUACGCUAUCCAUUGCAUGUGGAGGAAUUCAUAUAGUCAGGAAUGAAACACUCUUUAGUAAAGUGCAAACAAUUUCGAUUCUAAUUGCAUAUGCCUUAGAGCUCCUUUGUAUUGCGUGGGCCGCCGAGAACUUGACCACUAUAAGCGCACGUAUUGGUUUUGCGCUAUACAACUCUUUGUUGAUGCCAAAUUCAAAGGCGUGGAGCAAAGAUGCGAUUUUCAUGAUGCAGAGGUGUCUAAAUCCGCCAAAAAUAAAGAUCGCUGGGUUGAUGUCCAAUUUAUCCAUGGAGUAUUAUGCGAAGUAUAUGUCAGCAGUAUACUCAUUCUUCACUACGCUGCGUAUCUUACUUAAAAAAUUUGAGGACAACUGA